AUGAAGCGUAAUCCGUUCAAUCUUUCUAGACACUUUGAUCCCUCGCCCAAACGGCGUCGAAUUGAACCCGAAUCUGCGAUCUCUCACCAAACGAGCAGGCUGGGGUUCAUUGACCAGAGGUUGAUCGAGGGCUCACAAUGGCCAGGGUAUCCCGACUUGGUUCAACAAGGGCCCCAUUCAAUUCAGACAAGUACCUCGUCGAACCAUGAUGAUGAUGUCCAGUUGGAUGCUUUUGAUCUUGAGCUGCUUGCACAGCAGAAGAACAAUAGCACAUUCCAGCCCUCGAAGCCAGCCUUUCAGCACCCUACACCUGAAGAGGAAGUAUUUACUUGUCCGAAGCAUCAAGAUGCACUGCCGAAGACGUCCCGGUUCUUUGAUUCCUUCUCUCGCACCACACCUCUUCGCGGACUAGAAUCUAGCCAGUCCGAUUUGAUUUCCGGCCCACCCUCGAGCCCAUUGAUGAUGAUGCAUCAAAGGAAGGAGCCCACAUGGAAAAGUCAAGGGCAAUUGGAACCAGGCGUCGAUUCGCAGAAGCAUGACUCAAUCCCACACACGCCAGAGCAGCCGUAUGCCUCCCACCCGAAUAUUGCUACAACCGCAAGUGGCCAUCGGAAUCAAGGAAACCCACCAUUCAGCCAUAUCCCCCUUUCAGUGCGAGGCAUUUUUCUUGUCUCCGUGAAUGACCUACCCGAGAAAUAUCGUUCCAUUUAUCCUUUCCCACUGUUCAACGCAAUCCAGUCCAAAUGCUUCCAUCCCGUCUACAAGACCAACGACAACAUUGUCCUCGCAGCACCGACGGGAAGCGGGAAGACCGUUGUCAUGGAGCUAGCUAUCUGCAGACUUCUGAACGUAUUGAAAGACGAGCGCUUCAAGGUGGUCUAUCAAGCCCCAACCAAAUCCCUCUGCUCUGAACGAUUCCGAGACUGGAAUACCAAGUUUGCAGCCCUGGACUUGAAAUGUGCAGAAUUGACCGGUGACACGGACCACACUCAGCUGCGCAGUAUCCAAACCAGCCAGAUUAUUAUCACGACGCCCGAGAAGUGGGAUAGCAUGACACGGAAGUGGAAGGACCACAUGAGGCUGAUGCAUCUUGUGAAGUUGUUCCUUAUCGAUGAAGUCCACAUCCUCAGGGAGACUCGUGGAGCUACGCUGGAAGCAGUUGUGUCACGAAUGAAGAAUAUCGGAUCAAAUGUGCGCUUUGUAGCGUUGAGCGCAACUGUUCCGAAUUCAGAGGAUAUUGCUACAUGGCUCGGAAAGGACGCGACGAACCAGCAUGUUCCUGCGCAUCGUGAGCAUUUUGGGGAGGAUCUUCGGCCGGUCAAGUUGCAGAAGUUUGUGUAUGGGUAUCAGUCGACUGGGAAUGACUUUGCUUUUGAUAAAGUCUGUGGGACAAAAUUGCCUGAAGUCAUCGGCACGCAUUCUUGUCACAAGCCCAUUAUGAUUUUCUGUUUUACCAGGAACUCAUCUGUCGCAACAGCGAAAGAUUUGGCUAAGCUAUGGAACAUGACCAAUCCACCGGCUCGACUUUGGAAGGCCCCUGGAAAACGCAUUGAAGCGAGUAACGACGAUUUAAAAACAACCAUCACGACGGGGGUUGCAUUCCACCACGCCGGUCUCAGUGCCGCGGACAAACAGAUGGUCGAGAAGGGCUUCCUGGAAGGACAAAUAAACGUCAUAUGUUGCACUUCGACCCUCGCCGUUGGCGUCAACCUGCCCUGCCAACUUGUGAUUAUCAAAAACACCGUCGGCUGGCAGGAUGGUGGUUGCAAGGAAUACUCCGACCUCGAGAUGAUGCAAAUGCUCGGUCGAGCAGGACGACCUCAAUUCGAUGACAGCGCAACAGCCGUCAUACUUACUCGCAAAGAACGAGUAGCCCACUAUGAGCGACUGGUUUCUGGCUCCGAGAGUCUGGAGAGCUGCCUGCAUCUCAAUUUAAUCGAACACUUGAAUGCGGAGAUUGGCUCGGGGAACGUGACAGACGUUCAAUCGGCGACCAAGUGGCUCGCGAGUACUUUUCUCUUUGUGCGGCUGCGUCGAAAUCCAACUUAUUACAAGCUCAAGGAGGGUGCGAGCCAGGAAGAUGAGGAUGAGUUGCUUCGUCAAAUUUGCGAGAAAGACAUCAAGCUUCUGCAGGAAUGUGGCCUUGUGGAGAAUGAAAAGCUUUGCUCGACUCCGUUUGGAGAUGCGAUGGCGCGGUAUUAUAUCCGGUUUGAAACCAUGAAGAAGCUGCUUUCACUGAGAGCCCAAGCAGAUCUGCCUCAGAUUCUUGAUGUCAUCAUCCAAGCGGAAGAGUUUCACGAAAUCCGUCUCAAAGCCGGCGAAAAGACACUCUACCGCGAAAUUAACAAAGAUCCCGGCAUCCGAUACCCGAUCAAAGUUGAUAUAGCUUUACCAUCCCACAAAAUAUCUUUACUCCUCCAAUCCGAACUCGGUGCACUCGACUUCCCCGCCAGGGACCAACUGCAAAAGCACAAGUUCACCUUCCAACAGGACAAAAGUCUCGUCUUCUCCCACGUGAAUCGACUAAUCCGCUGCGUGAUUGACUGUUUGAUUGCACGAGAGGAUUCGGUCGCCGCUCGAAGUGCACUUGAAUUGGCACGGAGCUUCGGUGCUAAAGUCUGGGACCAUUCUCCGCUCCAAAUGAAACAGGUUGAGCAGAUUGGUGUGGUGGCAGUUAGAAAAUUGGCUGCUGCUGGGAUCACGGAUAUUGAGGAGCUUGAAGCUACCGAAGCGCCGCGAAUUGACAUGAUCUUGAGCAAGAACCCGCCUUUCGGGACCAAGUUGUUGGCGAGAUUGAAGAAGUUCCCCAAGCUGAGGGUGACUAUGAAGAUAGUGACAACGGAAGCGAAAAAGGGAAAUGUCAAAGUCCGUUUCAAGAUCGACGUUGCCUUCAUGAAUGACAAGAUCCCCAUUUUCUUUCAACGGCAGCCGGUGUAUGUUUGCUGCUUGACAGAAACAUCGGAUGGCCGGUUGGUCGAUUUUCGUCGUGUCAGUGCCAGCAAGCUUCAAGACGGUGUAGAUGUCACUUUGAUUGCAGAAAUAAAAUCUACAGAUCAAUAUGUUGUCUGCCAUGUUAUGUGCGAUGAUAUUGCUGGCACCUCCAGAAGAGCUGAAAUCAGGCCUAACCUCCUAUCGCAUCUGUUGUCGAAGGCUCCAUCUCGAGGAACACAGCCAGGAGCCACGGCAAAGCCAACGUCAAGUGUGGCCUGUGAAAGUAUAUGGGAUAUACCAAAAUGCCCGCCUCAGCCUGAUGCAAUCCCGGAUGCAUUUGAUGGGGACGACUUGCAAGCCGACGACUUCCUGGAUGUUGCGGGUGGCCCGAGCAAGCAACAGCAGCCUGCCGAGUCUUUGGGACUGCCAUUUGACGGCCUUGACUGGCUUUCGAUUGACGACAGUUCUUCAAACUCACAGGGCGCGCCGGAAAAGCCGCAGAAACAAGGCAACAACAAUUGGAACGCAGACUUGGAACAGCAAGAUGAUGACGAUGGUGGACUGGAGCCUAUUCGUCUUCCAAAUGGCAACUGGGCUUGUAGCCACAAAUGCAAGGACAAGACAAGAAAGCGAGCUAUCUCGAAUCACAAAGCAGGAAACCUCAAUCAGUUGAAAAUUUCGGCUUCAAUCAAGAAGCGGGACGAUUCAGGCGGCGUCAACAAAGGAAAGCAACCGGUGAAACAAGUUCCCAAGUUGACUGUGGAAAGGAGAGACAAAGGUUCCUCGCAGUUGAAAUUUCCGACAUUGCCGCUCGGAAGACGAGCUUCCAGUGGAGGACAAACUGGAGCCAAGGGCACAGCCAAGCAGCCUGCCUUGACGACCGAGGGAGCAAAGGCAAAUGAUCAGCCGAAGACGUACUCCAGUGACUUUGAUGACGAUAGCCUGGAUGACUUGCCGCCUCUUUCUUCCCUCAUGGGAUCUGUUAAUUCAGCUCCGGCUAGGCGGCACGCUUCGCAAGGAGACAGUGUCUUUGAUAGUCCGUUCCCCGAAGUCGGAAAAUCAGGGGAAAGAAAUAAAACCGAAGACCUCCAUUCCCUGUAUGCUCUUAAGCCCCGAGAAGUUAUUGAAAUUUCAGAUGAUUCCAGCCCUGGACCCGGGAAAGAUAUCUUCACCAACCCUGGAGAAAUUGGAAGCUCCGUCGCCACUGUACUUCAUCCAGCUUCAAGUACCAGUAUCGCUUGCCCUCCAGCCAUGAAGUCGAGCUGUUUCUCCAGACCCUACGAAACAGGAAUUCUUGAGCGAUUUGGAACAUGUCCAUCAACAAACCUUCUACUGCCUGCACUCAGAGUGAGACACACCCUGACCCACCUGGAACCAAUGUCCGCUGUUGACCUUGUCUCUAAAGACCGCGCGCACCGAACACCAACAAACAGUUCAUCUGGAUGGGAUGAUAUCGAUCGAUUGUUGCUGGAGGAAAUGAAGGAUGUUACUAAUCAUUAUUAG